ACUUAUUAAAGAAAAAGAUGCUGCAGAUCACAGCUGAAGAGAUUAAUUUUAUCAUAUACCAAUACCUUCAAGAGUCGGGUUUUGCCCAUAGCGCUUAUACCUUCGGAAAGGAAUCUAACAUUAUAGAGAAUAAAUUCAAACACUUCCAUAUUCCUGCCGGAAUGUUGGUUGUUUUCCUUGAAAAAGCGCUGACACUUAUUCAUAUCGAGACCCACUAUAAUGAGGGUGACAGGAUGACAGUUUGAAAUGAACCAUUUACACUCCUGAAUCCGCACCAUUGAUCCACAGUCACAAGGGAGAAGAAGCCAGGGGAUCUCAAUACUCUCACUGAUAAGAGUAAUAUCGAUCCAAAUCCGCUAGACGGGAUUAUUAAUAACUCGAGUGGAAAUAUCAAGCAGCGGAAAGAUCUUGACCAAGAGAUGGAGGACGAAUCCAGAAAAGAAGAGUUUGAUCCUACUCACCCCAAAAUGGCCACCGGUAGGCCAGGUGGUGUGUAUGGAGCCGCCCCAAUUCGAAAAUCUUCCUUUUUAGAAAAUAGCGAAUCUAAAAUUAAAAUUUUGGAAAGCAAAAGUAAUAAAACUUUAAAAGUUGCCUGGAACCCGAAAAAUCAUAUGCUUGUUUUUGGGGGAGAUAAUGAAUAUUCAAGUCUUUGGAACAUGAGUGAGAAUGUAGUCACAUCUGAAGAAAUAUCCUCGCUUCCUCAUGUUGCCCCCGAGCUCCCCAAUAAAUCAAUGAUGCAUACUACAACUACCAUCAACUCCAUUGACUGGAGGCCUGAUGGGAGCUGAUUUGUCACAGGCGCGAAUGAUGGAAUCUGUAGAAUGUGGGACUCCCAGGGUACCGCCACAGCUAUAAUGCUCAAUGAAGACUCAAUGCCUCUCAGCAAGAAAGAAGGCUUGCCUAUUUCAGGGGAGGGUUUGGACAAAGACCUCAUAUCCCCUGUAGACAUUGACUCUAUUUUUGAUUGCAAAUGGAAUAAAGAUGGAAGUGCACUAGUGACAGUCAGCGAGAAAAAUAAUGUAAUCCUCUGGAACACAGAGGGUAAACUCAGAGCUUCCUACCAAGGCCAUACAGACCCAGUCACCACUAUUGAUUGGAAGAACAACAAUAUGUUUGCAACAGGUUCUCAGGAUGGAAUUAUAAAGAUUUGGGAUGUCCAAAGUUCAUCGGCACAGAAGACAUUAAGUUCUCAUGAAAGCAACAUUAAAUGAUUGAAGUGGGAUCCUACUGGAGCUUUCCUAGCCUCAGGGGGAGAAGAUUGUACUAUCCAGAUAUGGAAUCAUAAACACGAUAGCACUGUUAUAUCUUUCAAUGAACAUAAGGAAAUGAUUCAUAGCCUCAAGUGGAGCCCUACGGGAUAUGGGUCCAGCUUACCAAGCUCAGAAUUGAGAUUAGCAUCAUGAUCAGCUGAUGGAACUAUCAAAAUUUGGAGCCUUGCAGGGAACAAAUGAGUAGACACUCUUUCAGGCCAUACAGGCAUGGUCAUGUGUUUAGACUAUGACCCCACCUACACAUAUCUAGCUAGUGGUGAUGACUCAGGAAGGAUUAUUAUCUGGUCUGUGAAGGAUGGAAUAAUCAUAAAGACAUUCGAAAAUGAAAAUAAGAAUUGAAUAUUCGAUACCCAAUGGAGCCACGAUGGGCAAAUGCUUGCGACAUGCUACAAAGAUGUCUCAGUGAUUGACGUAAGGUAUAUGUAG